UUCACCUAGACAUUGCCGUGUUGUGCAUUCUUGGCGUAUUUACAUGCACCCGGAAGUAUAUGGAUGGAUGCAGUUAUCGGGUUUGUUAUGAAACAACGGAUAUAAGAUGCAUUAGAGAACCUCCAUUUUGCCAGCAACCUAGUUAUAGUUCGCCCUCAUGUGACAUCCAUCCUCAGGCCUUACGGUGCCGGAUCUGCUCUUUGUUUAUUUGGGGUUUUCGGCUCGAAGAAUGGAGCCGAGAAUAUGGGGUUGGCGAUUACUCCCUAUCACGCACACUCACAACUUGGUGAGCAGGGAAAAUAUUUUUUUUUUCUGGUCGAUUUUUCCCAUCGCGUACAUUCACACACUCACACAGAGACGGGAUUCCACACUUGAGUAUGCGGGAACUAGCACGUAUACCGGUACUGUGCUCGUCCCUGGACUUGGAGCAAAAUCGCGGUACGGCUGCGUAUGCAUGUGUGUUUGUGUAGUGCGUGGUGUGCCACUACCAUAAAGCUGUUGUUAAUGUUUGGGGCUGGGUCAUUGAACACAUAGAACACAACGUAUACUGACAGAUUCGCAGUCCCCACAAGUCAGGCGAUCCUUUCCAUCCUCCGCGCAUCCUUUUUCCCAAGCCCAAGCAAGCGCGGUUCGGUGCAUAUUUCAGGCGAAGGCACCCAGCAUCGGCAAGGUGGCGAGCGAAUUGUGUACGGGUAGACAUAAACAAUACCUGCCGCCAUUUGCCGUUGGCGGAUAUUGUGAUUGUACAGGUGUGUUGGCAGUUUCUGGACGAUCUUUUGGGGUAUAGUUAUGCACCUGAUACUAAGACACGUUUGCUUUACCAAAUAGGGCUCUUUAACGUUUCAUAACAUAAAGUGCUUUAUUUUUUUUAUAUCAUGCCAUGGAGCACACAAAUGGAAACCACUGUGGAUAGUGACCUUUUUUUCCAUUCUUGGUAAAGUGGUAAAGUGUGCUGACGCGCACGCCCCAAAACAGUACCAGCCCACCCUAGCGAACCCCCUUAGAAAAAUGCUCCCCAGUUAAAUAAUUAUUUUGACGGUCUAGCCAAGAGUGAGAGGUGUCUGUGUUUAACACCGACCAUAAAUGGUUAAAUUAUUAUACGCACAACGACAGAAGAGAUGGAUUGGGGGAAAUAAAAUGGACGCUAACGUACAUGGCAACACGAUGUUACACAUCUGCCAAAGUUUGUCUGGAUACAGUUUUCUAGAUUGUUCCAGGAUUCUGGGGAUAUACUGAAGUAACUAACUGAAGAUUCUAGUUAAUGAAUAUUUUUGAGCUAGCAAACUAAAAUCAGAGCAUCAUCUAGAAUAUAAUGGAUCGAAGUUGUGAUUGUGACGAAUUUACUAUCUUCGGUUUCAUUUCCAGGCUCUUGAGAUUGUUUGUGCAACACUAUUAGCAUAAAUCGUAGCAAUAGUAUAUCCCGGGAGCAGAUUGGCGUAAUGUACGCUAAAGAGUCCCCCUCCCCCAUAAUCCCCGCAUAUCAUUGCCGGCAAACAUUGGGAGUGUCAGCGAAACCUGUCCCGUCGGCUCGCCCAAGUCCUUUUCCUAGCGAAUUUGCGCUAGUGUUGGUAGAUUGUCUGACCGCGUUUUUUGAGUUGCGCUUGUAGUAGUGAGCGGUUGUAUUCCCGGUUAAUGCAAUUUUGCCGUACAGGUAAAGGGAUGUAGAGGUAUUUUUUGGAUAAUCAAGGAGUGGUAUAAAACCGUCGAAAAGCCCAAAAAGAGUUGCAUCACUCGCGAUGGUUUUAACGAGCAAUCAGACAAAAAGUUUUAAUGAUGUAUAGGCAAAUGGCAUGGUUUUGAUCGAAGAAUUAAAUAAAUAUAUCAAAAUAUUAAUUAAAGAAAAAAGAAAUCUCACCCUGCCAUAAAAAUGGUUAUGUGAGAGGAGGUUAGCUACAACAAAGAGAGAGAGAGAGAGAGAGAGAGAGAGAGAGAGAGAGAGAGAGAGAGAGAGGGAGAGAAGGUAAAAAAGAGAGACAAAUGUAAUAUCCUUCUGGUAGCAUGGUUUCGCAUGCCUUCACAACAUUCUUCUGCAUGUAAAGACACACCAAUUUCUUCAACAACUUCCGGGUGUUGAGAGUAUCUCGUUGCUAUCCACAGCGUACUCGCAGCUUCCGGUUUCUGGUCACGCUUAUCAAUGUAUGACACCAAAAGAACCAACCCAAUACACACACGCACGCACACACACACAGACGCAGUACCAACCAUGUAAAGUACGCAGGAAUCUUUUAGCUGACAUAUUUUGCACCGUACCGGUGCGCUGGUGUUUGCGUGUAUUGUGUCGGCUCCAAUCACCACACGCGCAGUUCGCGCGUGUGUGCGAGAUCGAACGUGCUAGACGGUAAAAUAGGAGUUCGCGCUCGCCCAAAGAAUGCCGGCAGGAGCAGUUCGUUCGCACACAUUGAAAGGGGAGCAGCAGCAGCAGCAGCAGCAACGGACAAGAGCGCGCGCACUCGUACGGCACAUUGGCGACGACGCUUCCCGGAGUCAGAGUAGCACACACGCUUGUUCGCCGCGGUACGUUUAUUUUACGCGAACGACGGUACAGUGCGAAGCGAAGAAGGAUCCUCAGGACACGUACAGUGUGCGGUUUGUUUUUUUUUGUGCUCAAUCCGGAUCCACACACCGCACCAGGCGAAGGUGUCCGGCUUUAGCUUAGGGGUGCCGUUACGUUGUUUUGUUGGUUUAAUCGUCCGGUCGUGGUCUGCUAGAACGGAAGUCGCGUUUUUUGGAUGUGAAUUUACGUGUGUCGGUGUACGCGUUUUGGGUUUUUUUUUUGGUUUUAACUACGCUACGACUGUGCACAAAGUGAGCGUGCAUGUGCAUAUGGGCUCUUGUACUUGUGGUGCGAAAAUAUAGUGUGCCCCCGUGACGGUGAAAAGUGUGUUUUUCUUUUCGCGGUACCUGCGGUUUCCCUGCGAGCAGCAACAACGGUGCUAUUGCUCCGUAACAUUAUACGUCGCCCGAGGUCCGGCACGCAUCCCAACCAAAUAGUGUAAAUAAGUGUGUGCAAGUCCCCCAGUUGCCUGCAAUCAACCUGUCCGGGACGGCGAUCCUCCUGCGGGGGAAGUUUUUUUUUUCCUGUACAAGGCACACCGCCAAGCCGUACUACCGGAGGAUUUGUCUGUUCUUCUUCUUUUUGUUGUUGCUGUUGUUGUUGGAAGAACAGAAACUGUAUCCACCGGCCAAUCCCCCUAUCAACCAAGAAAAAAAAGCAGGCGAACAACAAGGACGCAAAGAACUCCAGAAUUGCUCAGGAAAAUAUCGGUGUACAUCAGUAAACAAUAAAUUAGGAUAUAAAAAUCCGUCGGACUAUAUUAGUGGCUACUCGUACGGGUACAAAGAGCAAUAGCAUUUCUAUCAUACAAGCUGAUAUAUCGGAAAGCAUUUUUAAACUGUACGUGUGUUGCGGCAUACUUCAACUACCCAAUAUAUUGCCCGUUGCGCGGCAAACCCGGAUCGUAGUGUGCGAGAAUGGAUGAUUUUUCGCUAGCCUUCGAUGACAAUCGCCAGUCACUGUCGGUGGCAACGGCGGCCACCACGCUGGCACAGCUAACGUCGCAGUUCGACGAUCUGCAUCUUGGGAAUGGCGAUACGACGGCGGCCAGCCUACUGAACGGAUUGGUCGGCGGUGGGCUCAGUAGCAUCGGUGGCCUGCACAGUCAUCAUCAUCACACGCUCGCAUCGCUAGCCGGCGCGGACAGUGGAUUGCUCGAACGACAUCACCAUCUGAACGGUGGUCUAGGCAAUGGUUGCAGUAAUGGUGGUACCGGAACAGGUGGCCAAGGGGCCAACGCAACCAAUGUUCUCGACACGUUCGUGGCGAUGGUUAGUGGGCUGACCGGUGUGUGUGCGAAUGGGGCUACCAAUGGCGGUGGUAAUGGCGGUAUAACGCAGCAGGGCGGUGGUGGCAACAACACCACCAACACCAACACCUCCCUAAACAGCACCAACAGCAAGCUCGAGGAGCGCCCGGUCAAGUAUAAGUCGCAUACCGAGUGCGUUCCGGUACCGUCGUCCGAGCACGUGGCGGAAAUUGUUGGCCGGCAGGGCUGCAAGAUAAAGGCACUGCGGGCGAAAACGAACACCUUCAUCAAGACGCCGAUCCGGGGCGAGGAACCGAUAUUUGUCAUCACCGGCACAAAGGAGGAUGUGACGCGCGCCAAGCAGGAGAUCCUAUCAGCGGCGGACCAUUUCAGCACGCUGCGCUCGUCGAAGAAGCAGGCGAUUGCACUGCUGGCGGAAAGUCGCAACAUGCUCGGGUACAGCAUGCCGGACGAGAUCACGAUCCAGAUUCGGGUGCCGCAGAAGGUGGUCGGGUUAGUCGUCGGUCCGAAGGGUGCCACGAUCAAGAACAUACAGCUCAAAACGAACACCUACAUCAUCACACCGAAGCGCAACCAGGAGUCGGUGUUCGAGAUCACUGGGCUGCCGACGAACGUGCACACGGCACGGCAGCUGAUCGAGGAGCACAUUGCAACGCGUGCCGGCACAACGUCGGCAACUGCCGGUGGUGGUGGCGGCAGCAACGGUGGCGGUGGUGGUGGCGGCAGUAGUGCUGGCAGUGGUAGUAGCAGCAGUAGCAGCAGUAGCAGCACUACCAGCUCCAGCGGAUCGUCCUCCUCAUCCGGGCACGGUAUCGGUGCGGGCGGUUUAAGCAGAUCGGGUUCCUCCAGUGUGGCCAGCAAUGGGAAUGGUCCGAACCUGGGCUGUCUGUCCGGUAGCGUAACCGGUAGUGCGGGCUCACUCAUCAGUGGCUUUCUCGGUGGUGGCGGUGGAGUAGGUGGCGGAGGCGGAGGCGGAGGAGGAAAUGGUCUGCUUAAUGGGAACCAAUACCAUCACCCUCAUCAUCAUCUGCAGGAGCAACAUCCGCAUCAUCAGCAACAUCACCAUAAUCAUCAUCAUCAUCACCAUCAGGGGACACUACUGAACAGUGGUCUGUCGAGUGCCUUGAACGACGGUGGUAGUAACGGUGGGGGCGGUGGCCUGCUCGGUGGUAUUGGCGAGCACGAUUUCGAGGGCAAUCAGUUCAUCAUCGAGAAUCUGCUCGAGUACUUCAACAACAUGUCCGGCACGAACGCUUACAGCUCGCCGACGUCGAUGGGCGGUGGUGGACCGGGUGCUAUGACCGGUGCGGGCACGGAACACAUUCCGGACUUCCGCAGCAUCUGGGAGAAUUUGAGCGAAAGCCAAACAUCCGUCACGACCACCGAUACGGACAAUUCGUCGCUCGUCUGGACGCUGCCGUCAUCGCCACGGAACUCCGUGUCGUACAGCCCGGACGACUUUAUCUUUCAACGAUAAUUUCGGCACUGCCAAGGUGUGGGGCGGUGUGGGUCAUUAUUUAUUAUAAUUAUUAUCUUUUUUGCACAAAACGUACAGAUGAGUGGUGGCGCUAGUUUCACCAAAGGCAGGAUGAUGUACAAGCAAUAACACGAAUCGUUUGCUUAACGUGCAUACGCAAAACAUCAUAAAAAAGAAACUAAGUAAGCCAGUGCAGUUGUUUGCACUCAAGAAAGCACGAAGAAGAAUGGAAUCGAUAGAAGGUUUUUGAGGCAUGCGUGGUACGAGCGGCUAAAGAUCCGCUCAAAAACCGUUCAGAUCAUGAUGAAAACGAAUGGUUAACGCGCAAAGUGUACAUAUAGAAAUUUACAUUCACACUAAUUUGUAAGCUUGUUUGCAUAUGUACCCCAGUUGUUAAUCGAUUUGAUCUGUGAGGUUAUUAGAUUUUCUUUACAUCCCGUUUCGAGUUAUUCUAUUUUAUUACGAUUUUUAAAUACUUUGUUCGUAUGUUUAUUUUCUUUUUUUUUAUUUGAAGCUUAUUGUUCCGAUCAAUUAUGUUAUGUGCAAGUUUUAUACUACGAACGAGAAUUUACGCUUUCAUAGAGAAGAAUAAUUGUGCAUUUUGUUUAGGUAAAAGAUUUAGCCACCACAACCAAAAGGGAUAUUGGUCGGAUUGAUACCAGUGUAUGCCGGUUAGAUUGUAACAGCUACUGUUAUUGUAGAGGAAGACAAUUUAUAGCACGGCACAGAUCGUUUUAUGUGAGUUAUAUGAAUAAGUUUGAUUCUUUUAAUAUAGUACACACUGUACCGGUCAAAAGAAAUGUUAUCAAUCGUCAACAGUAAAGCCACUCUAACACUCAAAACACACACUCAACAGCGAGUGGUAUGCAGAGAGAGAGAGACGGAGAGAGAAAGAGAGAAAGAGAAUAUGUUUGGAUAGAAAAUGAUAAGAGGCAUUAAAUCUUUUGAAUCAUAUCUACUCUUAUAGUAAAGAGUAUCAGAAUAUUCGCAUAAUUAUCAAAAAACGUCAAACAUGCUACUGUGCAAGAUAAUUCUCAUGUCGAUGUAUCAUACAUUAUUGUUUUUUUUAUUGCUGUUUUAUCAAUCCUGGUAUGAUUUGAUAACAGCGAUCAUAGCAUUUUAGAACACAUCGUUUAUUUAAAUUCAAAUUUAAAUGUUUGUGUAAAUUAUUUUACAGGGAAAACAUCAUUAUGAUACGAUUUUUAUUGUGGAUUUUAAACAAAUUUAGUAUAAUCUUCAAAAAUCAGGAAGUUCACCCAAAUUGAAUCAAAUUAAUCCCAAAUCCCAAAGUAUUGUAUAUUAUUUGCUUAUCGUCACUUUCAGCCAUGAUGUUCAAAUCUCUUUCUCUCUUCGUAAAUUUCUUUGGCGUUGUGUAUUAGUGCGGUACGGUGCGUAAAUAAAAAACCGGAUAAUAUUUACCAUUGUCUGAUAAGAAUUAAAAAUGAAGCAACAGGGAAUAAAGGAGCGGAUUAUGUACCCCAGGCGCGCAGAGGAUAAAACGAUUAGAAACGAUAAUUUUUACAAUGAUAAAAUCGAAUACGAAUCGCGAUGAUUGGGUUUGGCAAUGUGGUAAUCCAUGUGGACUCAUGGUUUCCGUUCAUAAUAUAUCGUAAUACAUCGCGCACACACAUUACGUAACAAGAUGAGAAUGAAUCAGCGAACAAUUAGGGGAAGGUGAAAACUAUCGUGUUGUAUAUGUAUCAUUGUAAACGGAAAAUGUAGCAAGAACAAUUCAUUAACUUCUCACUCAUGAACACAACAUCCCUCGAAACGGUUUAGUACGGAAAGCGGAUUUCUUAUAAGUAAUGAAUAACGAUACUCUAAUGCAGUGAGUGCAAAGAAAAGGAAUGGAGAAGUGCAAAACGGUGCAUAGAAGAAAUAUUUAAAAUUAAUAUAUAGAUGCAUAAUACAGAAGUAAUAUGAAGGCAACCGAAUGAAACAGGGGACAUGAACAGUUGAUUGAUGAAUAGAGAGAGAAAGUGAGAAAGAAAGAGAUGUAGAGAGAUAAAGAAUAGCCGAAGUUUGAUGUUUGUUAGGUUAUCUUUAUGUUCUAUUAGGCCCUUGCAUCGGCAACGUGUUGUGGCGUGAGAGGAAAUGUUAUAGCUUAUCCAAUUUCGUUUAUUUUUGUUUUCUCUCUUUUGUACUCGAUCCUAGUGCGUACUAAACCAUUCAAAGUUAGGCAAUGAAGAGCCAGCAUCAAGAUGGCGUCGGAGGAUAAUAGUAGCGCUACCGAGCGCCAUUUUAAUGAUAGGUAUGUAUCGUUAGAAUGUGGUGCAUAUUUUUUCUUUGUUGGUGAAUGUUCGCUCUUCCCUGUUUUGAUUUUUUUUUACACACGGACGAAAGUCAACGACAAAGAUGAAAUUUUUCUCUAGUGGACAGGAUUCGGUAUGCGUUCAUUAAUUUUUCUAAUCGUGGGUGCAACGGUGUAAUGGUUAAUUUAUUUUCUGCAUAGUUUAUUUUAUUAUUCGGAGAGUAUUUAUACAUCGGUAUCGGAUGGGUGCAACGCAGACACAUUUGUGCCGUGGGUUGCGGUUUGGUGGUGAAGUGCUUAAAUAGCCGAGAUAGAUAGAUAGUUACAUAGUUAGUGAGGGAGGCAAACCGAUACAGAAGAAGAAGAAGAAGUAAGGGUAAUUAUACCCCAUUAACACAUACACAGAGUAUGAGAUAUUAGUCCAGAGGAUUAUAUAAAGCCUAGUGGGAAACGGAGAGAAAGAAACCAUUUGCCAAGGCACUUAAACUAAUCAAACAUUUAGAGAGGAGUGGUGUAAUCGAGAUAACAAUGGAAAAAAGAGUGAAAAUAUUAUUAUUAUAAAAUAUAUAUAUAUAUAUGUAUAUAUGUUAAUCUACAUCAAUUCCGUUAACGGUGCUCAAUUUUAGACGGCGGGAAAACAGUUUCAAUUUUAACAUCUGGCAAAAUGAUUAUUGCCUCUAUCAAACAUUGAUACAAUUAAUUUUAUUUUAAUUUGGCUUCAUAUAUGCCAUCGUAACCGGUUUACAAGGAAUUAUGUUUACCACAGAGCCCAGCACUAAGUGACCUCCCCGUGCAUCUACGUUGCAAUAUCAACAUUUCUAACUCGAUUCACGGUUUAAAAACACUAGCGUUAAAAUUAACACUGUAACAUUUAGUUGCUGUAGCUCCCGUCGUCUAAAGGAGGAGUCCUUGAACGAGAACUGGAAAGAAGGAACGAUUUUGGGCGCGAAAAUCCAAACUCUUAAGAAAACGAAUAAUUAUUACCCAGCUUAAGGAAGGCACAGUGUGGAGUAAACAUAUUCAAUAAAGAGAAGAUCGGAUAGUUGCAUUUGGGCGCGUGUGAAUGUGUGUAUGUAGUAGGUGAUAAAAAAACGUACGGAUCGAGUGUUUGAUACAACACGAGAAACAAACUAUAUUGUGCGAAACACGGUGGAAAAGAUGAAAACUGACUAAAAGCGUAGCCGUAAGGGUGAACCUUACCUUAAGGAAGGUAAUACAUUGAUGUAAUAUUUCAUACAAUCGCAGUGAAAACGUACACCAUUAUACAUGCAUAAUACAGACGUACACGUACAGAAAAGCUGUUUAUUUUUAUAGUAACAAAAAAAAACAUCUAAAUCAUAUAUAACGCAAUUUAACAUGACACGGUAACGAAUUGGGCUAAACGAAGGUGAAAACAAAGCAUCAAUACAAUAUAACUAAAAUUGGCUCUUCCGGUACGGGGGUAGGUAGGGUAGGUGACCGAACACACGAAAAUACGAUGGAGCAAAAUUAGUGAAAGUGAAAAAGGGUUAACGCGCUCCUCUGCCACCGGUAGUACUGUGUUCCAUUAUCUCUGGGAAAUUGCCGAGGUAAAGAGAGAAGCAGAAAAAGGAGAAGAAAAAAAACAAAACAAGGAGAAGUAAUAAGAGAAUAUAAAACAGAUAUUGAAUAUUCCUAUACAGAUAUAUAUAGAUAUAUAUAUAGUAUAUAAAUAUAUUUAUGUACAGAUAUACCGCGUAGGCUGUAGUGAAAGAGAGGUUGCGUUUCAAUGUUUUAUGCUCCUAUUUUUUUUGUUUGUGUUUUUCGCUCCCGUUUUGAUGAAAGAUGUGAAGGAAGCAAGCAAAAGAAGCAGUGACAACAAAGGGCAAACCAAAUCGUAUUAUGGAACAGCGCAAUAUAAAACAGUCACUUUCGCCUAGUGAGAAAAGAUGGUAGAAAUUCUAUGCCACACGAUCACAUGUGGUUGUUUCCGUUGAAAGAUUCCUAGUCGCUCGACACAGACACACACACAUAGGAGAGAGGAUACUACGGUUUAGGCAGAUUUUAAAAUUUAUACCACAAAAAGAAACGAAACAGAUACUGCCCCACUCGUUUCCUCAUUUCCCUGUAAAUCCCGUUCUUACCUGUGCGCUGUGUAGAAGAAAUCUACUAAUGUCCAAUUUAAACACUUUCUAGAGGCUUCUACGGUUGCCAGUAGAUGGCGCUUACAGAUGUCAUUGCAGGUUUUAUUAAUUCUUUCACUUCUUCCUUACAUUUUACUGGUAAUUGCUAUAGAAUAUAACCAUUUAAUGAUUGCUGCAAUCUUAUAAAAAUUUCACACCACUCACAAACAUUAAUACAUAUGGAACAGCAGCAUUCGUAUUGGAUUCUGCAGGCGCAAUUGGUCAACACUGACAGCAAUCAAAGCAGAUCAAACUGAGCUAUAUAGGAGGACUGACGUAUGAAGCGAGUGAGAGAAAGUAGGAGAGGUACAAGAUGGCGAUAAAAAAAAGGCAAACAUAUGAUAAUAUACCAUAAUUACUAGUAGGGAUAUCACCUUAUAGAUUUGUUGUCUGUGUCAAUAAGUUUUAUAAUGUUUCUUUGUAUUUAUAUGGAGUUUAUGACGAGCGUAGCAAUUACACAAGUCCAGAUCGUUUUCUCAAUGGUUCAUACAUAUAUCCUAACCUAACUAAUCUGUGGAAUAUGCAUCGGUACUGCUAGUGUGAAGAAUAUCAUUUGUAUGUAUUAUGCAAUGGGGCUACUUAAGACACGAUUUCCGUACAUUCUCUAGCCAUAUGAAUGCCGCUGUCCUUCCAGAAACCAUGUACAUGUGCUAUAACUGAUAUCCUGAUAGAUGUCUAGUAUUAUGUCUAACGUGACCAAAAUGUGACACGGCACUUUAUGGCAAAGGAACCCUUCAAGGCAGACUAAUAAUACCUCACUGGUCCGGUUACUACAAUGAGUGUGACGGGGAUUACUCCAUCUUCACCCCUCUACACCCCUUUGCAUCGCUAGUAGUUUAAUUGAAUGUGCAAUUAUUGUCAUGGUAACAUACCGACAUGAUAAAAUGGCCAGCCAGUAUGUCCUGUUUUUGGGCGAUAAUCUGACACUACUGCUACUAAUAUCGCGUUUUAGCACUAUUCUCUUCGUUUGUUGCUGCUAAUCAUGCAUCAUGAACUUCGAUUCACACACAGCCCAACAUUCUGCGUAUUAUCCAAGACGAUAGGCAAGGUGGUGUGUUUCUUCAGUAUCGCUGGUAGCAAAGAAAAGAUUUAUAGUUACGAAAGUGAUGAACGUUCUUGAGUCAAACCAAAACAUCUAUAUAAAACAAAUAAUUUCAGAAAGGAUGAAAAGAAGAUCUAUCUAUGAGGGUGCCGAUGCGUGUAUUUGUCUGACAGAUUAUGGCAUGAACUGACACUUUAACAGUAUACAGUUUCAUCUUAGUAGCAUGGUGUAGUGUGGGUAGUAUUCAGCUCCUGUUGGAUUGACAGCUGGAAUGGUAAUUGAAAGGUAAUGUUUACGUGUUUCUUUGCCAUUUAGGACUCGUUACUUUGUGUAUGCAUGCCUGUGACGGAUAGGAUCAACGAUUACGUACAUAAACAAAAAAAAAUCUUCCAACAUUCGGUACACAUUUACAGCAAAAGUGUGGAACGUAUUUAAAAAAAAAACAUCCCUGUUUCUUUGAUUUGUUUGGUACAUUGUAUUGAAACAUAAAAGUCUGACAAUGGUUAUUGCUUAGGUUAGGACAACUUAAGACAGAAAAAGAGUAUUAUAGAGAGAAGAAAACAAAACAGAACGACUAACAAGCAAACUCAAUGUUGAAGCAAAUGAGACACACUAAAGUUUAACCCCGAAAAAAAAGGCAAAAAAGGAAAUGCAUUGUGAAGUGAAAAAUAACAUAACAAAAAUUUGCAAAUAACGAAACAUUCAGGUUUGUGAGAAAUUCUACAUCUACUAACUGAGCCGCCAUGUUGUACGAUGAGAAGUUAGAUAAAACCAACCUUUCAAACGAAUGGUAUAAUAAUCCUAAUUAAGGAUUUGCACACAAGAAACAUAUUAUUAUCUUAUAAUUAUACCCGUAACUAAUCCAAUAAUAUUACGACUGUAAUGUUUUCUUUUUAUUAUAUAUUUCUCUCGAUUCCCAGCUAUAUACAGACACAGAACACACACACACAUACAGUAGGAAAAAUACACGCAAAAACCCACGUACCACACGCAUAUGCCGGUGGGCAAAGGUUGCGAGACGAAUGCAGUGUAAGAAAACAAAGAAACCAUACAAAAAAAGAAAACGGAACAAAAACUGUUCAUUUUAACAGGUGCACGCUCGUAUACAGCUAAAUAAUGAGAGCAUUAAAUAUAUACAACAACAUCAAAACACACACACACAGAAAAGAAAAACAAAUCUGCGUUAAAAUAAUAAAAAAGGACGAUGAUGAAGAAUAAGAAAGAGGUAAAACAUUAUCGAUAAACGAUAAGAGCUCAAUUUUAUAUCGAAAAAUUUAUAUACAUACUUGAUAGAUAAAAGAAAAACAAACUGUAAGAAUUAGAACGAUAAAGCAAUAGACGAUGAUGGCAAACAAGCGUUAAACAAAAAAGAAGCAAACAAAAAGCAAAUGCAAACACAAUACUUAAGGAAGAACGCAAACAAAAAGAAAAUACAAUCCAAAUGAUGUUUCUUGGCACAAUUUGGUGUUCUUGUUAUUCGGGCAAGUUUUGUUUGAAAACUGUCGUUUCGUUGUUCGAUUAAUUGCAUUCGUUUUGCCUUCCCUCGUUUAUCUCUUGUGCGAUAUAAUUGUGUUUUUAGUCCAAUUGAGCUUUACCACUAAUUUUAGAACGAGUUUUAUAAACUCUUAUCUGUGUACUAAUAUCAUCUUCAUAUCUUCUAAGCAAUCGAAGUUAAAACAAGACGUUCAUUAACUGCCCCUUUUGCUGCGCUGGUUUGGGGGUGCUAAUUUUCUUUUUCGUUUGUGUUUUUCAUUUUUACGAAAUGCAAAAACUGAAUUACAUUUCACGCGAUCGUAUCACAAAUGCAGCAAACGUCAAGUCGGAAAGCGUUAUAUGUAAAGGGCAGAUCAAAUUCCCCUCCCAUAUACGUGGUUGCAGUGCCUGACAAGUAACAGAAACAAAGAAACACACGAAAAAUAAAAUAAUGAAAUGCAGUGCACAUAUAACAAACUUGGCGGAUAAACUCUAUCAUGCAUUCUAUGACGUAUUGUAUUGAAAAUUGGUGAGACAUACGAACUUCGAACGAACUUCGAAGUUGGACAAGGGUGAUGAAAAAUAUGGUGGUGGUUGUCAUAUACAACCGCUGCGAAACACUAUCGCGAACCCAUUCUUUUUAUUUUUACUACUAAAAGCUAACCAACACCCCCAAAGAGGAAGCGCGAACGCCAUCGAACCCCAUUUCUGCUCUGCCCUAGCUAAGUAGUAGAACUACACUACUGACUAUCUCUUUGCUUUCACGUCUAACCUUUCUAUCGAAACACGGAAUAGUAAUGUGCGAAACGAACCAGUGAACGAAAGCAGAAAAAGAGAUAAUAAAUGCAUUAAUGUUUAAAUAUUUGCAAGCAAAUACUUAUAAAAGGUGACACUUAUAACAAGACAGCCGUUUUGUACGAAUAGUAAAUCAAAUUAGUAAUGAAGAGGGAGAAAGAAAGAGCGAAACGAAAGAGAGAGAGAGAGAGAGAAAGAGAUAAAGAGUGUGUGUGAAAUAAUCUACUCAGCAGGAGGAAUAAACCAUGUAGAGAGACGGCGGUAUCGAGAGAUCUAUAGUUUUUAGUAUACAAUAUACCAAUCAUGAAGCAAUGCCCUCGUAAUCUGAUGACUGGAUAGAAAAAUAUAUAAUUAUACAUAAGAUUAAAAAAAUACUACUCGGUGAACGAUCAUCACAUACACCCUCAUACUCACAUACACGAUAUAACGCGCAAAUAGAUGCGCCGCACAGCGAUUUCAAUGCGUGUUAGGAGGAAACCCCUCCGGGAAUGCGGAAUCAGAAUUUCUGACCGGAAGUUACUUUUACAAGAUGGCCGGAAAUGGAUAUAUCCCUCCCUCUAUCCAACACACACACACACACACACAUAUACACACAACUAUACCUGCCAGGAGUGCGGCCAGUUACAAUGUCAUUAACCAAAACACGUACAUUAUAGUACACCGGAGGGUACAUUCAUACAGCGAAUACAGCGGGGCGGGAAGAAAGCGAAAUAAAGAAAGAUGUGACGCAAGGUAUUGACCAAAGGCAGUUCCCAUUAACAAACACAAAAAAAAAUAAAACAAAACAAAAAAAGUACAGACAAACACAGUGAAGGAAAUGGCGGGAGAGUCGUACAAGACGAAGAAGACUGUAAUGCACUACUCCUAAAAUGUUGUAUGGGAAGUAUUUAGAACAAGUGAACGCGUGAAACAGAUAUCUAAUAAAAAUCUUAUAAUUAGAUCCAAA